UUGAGGCUCGGGAGUCAAAACUAGAUAGCACUGCUUGUCAACACAGAUGGCUACAGACCAGGCAGUCACUCCGGUCCCACCGGCUGGCCUUGGCCCCCGUUGCGGCUCGGAAUCGGAGCCCGUCCCGGGAGGUCAGGAGAACUUCUCUCCUCCAGAGCUAGAUGGGCCUGCUGGUGCAAAUGAAAGCUCGGCUCCGUUAAACUUUUCCGAUCUCAAGCCGCAUCAGUUCGGCAUCUCUGUGGAGAGUUUCACGCGAUCCUCGUCAACCUCUAAGGACAAGUCUCGUGUUGCGCAGAUAAAGGCCCGGCGCAGAUCCUGCGUUGGUGUCCGGGGAUCCCCAGAGACAAAUUCCCUCAUCCGUUUCAGGGCCCAGCUGAGGAUGAAGACUCCACCGGAGCCACACACCCCAGAGCUUGUCAGAAGUAGCCCCUUCUUUCCCCGGGUCGCCUUCACACUGAGGGAGAAGAUGGCCCACAUCCAGAGCCAGAUUGAUGUUGCGGAGAAUGACGCCUGUGAUCCGACGCCAGCGCAGGACAGCGGCACCGGAGGAGGCGGCUCGACGCAAGAUUAUCUGUCUGAUGGGAUCAGCGGCAGCGAAGGGAAAGAGAACAACCCACCGACUUCACCCAGAGCCAGCAAGAAGAGACGCCUGGGCCCCCUGGUAGGCUGCAGCGUGGAGAUUACAGAGGAGGAUAUCUCUAUCGCUCGCUCUAGUUUGAAGGAACAGGAGGAUGCUAUCUGUAAACAGCAAAGCCCCAGCCCACCUCCCUGUGACGACCCUGCAGCUGUUUCACCGGCCCGCCAGUCUUCCCUCCACAUCUCAUCUCUCCCUUCUCUGCUGGAGAUGAAACCGACAGUAGACGUGGACGAGACGACCGUAGCGAGGAAAAAGAAGCAGGUGCGCUUCGGGGGUCCUUUAUCUCCCGAGUUGUUCGAUAAGAACUUGCCCCCCAGCACUCCGUUACAGAAGGGGGCCACCCCGGCACGGGCGGCCACUCCCGCUGGGGGCUGGCCGCUGCGCUCGGUGCUGAAGACGCCGCAGAGGAGCGAAUCAGACGCACAGCUUCAGGCGGAGCGUCUCACCCCGGCUUGGUUUGGGGCCUCGCCCACGUUCGCGAUACCCGGCAGACACAGAAGGUCACACGAGAGAGACGGCGACCAGGACGGCAAGAUUGUUUUUCCACCGAUGGAGGAGAUUGACUCGGCCGUGUCGAGUGACGCAGAUUGUGUCUUUGACACUCAGCCGUUAAAUUUAAACAUGGAUUUCCAGGAGGAGACUCUCUCUCAGAAUCCGACAGUUGACACCGAACCAAAGAGAGCCUCUGAGACAGAGGCCAUGGAUGAGCAGGAAUCUGUGGCAGAGGAGAGGCAACCUGAAGGAGAAGCUGAAAGUGAGGCUCCAACCCAGUCCAAAAACGGAAGAAGAAGAAAGGUCUGA